CGUUAUCAAAAUGGUUCCAACAAUUUUAAUACGGACCAAAUCACCUAUUAUCAUGUACAUUUCAUUAUUGAUACUAUUAAAUUGUACAAUCAUUUCAACUUUAGGUGAAACCAUUGAACCAGAAUUACUUUUUGAAGCUGCCUUUCAAGGAGAAUGUCAUUCAAAUGGUCCCUGUCAACAUUUGUGCUUUGAUCUUCAUGAUGGAACCUUUGAAUGCGCCUGUCAUCCAGGAUAUAUUUUAUCAGAUAAUGGUUACAGUUGCCUUGAAAAUAGUAUCGCCCAGGAAAAGCGUCAUCAAAGGAGGAUGAAAUUAUCUUCAUCUUCACCUGUCACUUUUUCAUCAUCUAAUUCAAUUUUAUCCUCAUUAUCUUCAUCGGCACGGAUUAACCUAAUUAAAGAUGAAUCUGGACGUAAUCGGAUGCUACAAGAAAUUGAUGAUUUAACUCAUUUUAAUGGUAAACCUCAAUAUCCUGAUGCAAUUUAUUAUUCAUGUGGAUCAAUUGAAUGUGAGGCUGGAGGUUCAUGUGUUGAAAAUGAAGAUUAUGCUGACCACCGAGUCCGUUGUAGAUGUCCAUUGGGUCGAGGUGGAUUUUUUUGUGAAAAACCAAUGGAAGUGCGUUUUCCUCGAUUUCGAGGUCGAUCAUAUCUUGCCCUGCCAACACUUCGAGAUGCCCAUAAAACAAUGCAAGUGACCAUUGAAUUCCGACCAGAAUAUCAUGAAGGUGUUUUACUUUACAGUGGAGAGAAUCAAAAUUUGGAAGGUGAUUUCAUAGCAAUCAUAUUAAACCAAGGAUUCGUGGAGUUCAGGUUUGACUGUGGUAUGGGUGAAGGUAUAAUUCGUAGUGAAACUCCUGUAAUAUUAAAUUCUUGGAACAGUUUAACAAUUUAUCGAGAUGGUUGGUCAGCAUGGUUACAAUUAAAUCAAGAGAAACAGAUUCCCGGCCAAUCACAGGGACUUUUUUCCCGAAUAACAUUUAAAUUGGAAUUAUUUCUCGGUGGAUCACCAAAUAUUAGUUUAAUCUCUUCAAGAGCAAAUAGUCAACGAGGUUUUAUCGGCUGUGUCCGAAGAUUGGACAUAAAUGGUCAUUCCUAUGAUUUCCGAUCAGAUAGUCGAGGUGAUGCCAUUGAUGGAGUUGAUACAGAUGAAUGUAAUUCUGAUGUUUGUAGUAACACUUCCUGUUUAAAUGGUGGCCAAUGUGUAGCCACAUCACCAGAGAAAGGGAUUUGUAUGUGUCCAUUAGGUUUUGCUGGUAACCACUGUGAACGUAAAUCUGAUUUUACUAUUCCCUCUUUCAAUGGUUCCUCCUACCUUCAAUUCACCGGUUUAAAGGAAACUUGCCUCUCAUUCUUUGAAAUUCAAAUGAUAUUCAAACCUCGAGUGCCUAAUGGAGUCUUACUGUACAAUGGUAAUCGAUUGGAUGCUGGAGGUGACUUUAUCUCAAUCAAUAUGGUCAAUGGUUACAUUGAAUUUCGCUUUGAUCUAGGCAGUGGUCCAGCAAUAAUUAGGAGUCGUGAAACAAUUGAACUAAAUCGAUGGCAUAACCUAUUCGUUUCUCGUGCCGGUCGAAAGGGUUGGCUUCAAAUUGACAAUCAACCGAUUGUUAGUGAUUUCAGUCUUGGUGGUUUUACACAAUUAACAUUAUCACUUAACUUGUUCCUCGGUGGAUUAUCUGAGAAAGAUGUUUCAUCUAAUUCAGCAAUUAAAGAUUCUUUCUCUGGAUGUAUUGAGAAGAUUAUUAUCAAUGGAAGAUUAAUCAUGUUCCUUGAUGAGGUGCUAUCAGGAGUCAAUGUAAUUGACUGUCCGAACCAUUGUUCAAAUCAACAUCGAUGUUCAUCACCACCACCAAAACCAACAAACAAUUUUAUAUCAACAUUAUCUUCAUCAUCAUUAUCAACCCAUUCCCUUUUAUCAUCAACCAAAACAUACUCAUCAUCAGUGACUAAAAGUAGUAAUAGUAAAUCAACAGACUCUGUGAUAGAUACAUCGCGCUUAAUCAACAAUCACUUUAAUCCAUUCUGAUUCUUUCAUUUGCAACUUCUCCCUUCUCUCAACUUUCUCUCUCACUCAUCAAUCGACAUUAACUAUCUCUCUUCUACUCUUUUACUCUUGAAAAAUCUCCACUCUCUCUCUCUCUCCCUCUCUCUUUCACUGUCUCUUUUUUUUCCAAAAAAAAACAAAACAAACGCAAUAAAGAAGAUGAUUUUUGUAAAAACAA